AUGGCCUCGAAACCACUCUCCUCGCCAACGGCAUCGCCAACAGCAUCACCCUACCCAUUCGCCGCAGCACCAGACAUUGUGCGCGCGCAUCAAAAAGACGCCUACUUCACAGGCCACCUGGCCAACACCAUCAGCGACCUCUACCGACGGCUCUUCGGCGCUCGCGCAACACACUCGCUCGCCCCCGAGCUGCGCUCCCUCGCAGCCCUGCUCUACUUCGCGCUCACCACGCUCCCAGGCAACCGGACCCUGGGCGAAGAAUACUGCGACCUGGUGCAGGUGGAAUCGCCCGCCGGCCAGCUCCCGGACGUCAAGCAGCGAGCAGCCUACAUCGCGGGCACCAUCCUCCUGCCAUACCUCGUCAGCCGCACGCUCCCCAGCCUGCGCAACCGCCUGCGCAAGCUCAUCGACAGGAGGCUCGACGCGCUCCGCCGCAAAGGCAACCAGGCGAGCAGGGAAGCCCGCGUUUGGGAAUACAUAUCCAACCACCUGCCCUCGCUGACAUCGGCGGCGCCCAUCCAAGCCGUGACCCUGGCCCUCUUCUACUUCAACGGCACCUACUACGAGCUCACGAAGCGCCUCCUGUCCCUGCGGUACGUCUUCACGCGCGCCGUGCCCGACUCCCCCGACCGCGGGGGCUACGAGGUCCUCGGCGUGCUGCUCGUCAUCCAGCUCGCCGUCCAGAGCUACCUCCACAUCCGGUCGACCAUCUCGUCGGCCGGCCGGCGCGAGCGCAACGCCCCCCCGGCCGGCAGCGCAGUCGACGUCUCCCUCGACCACACAAACUCGUACUCGGCAAACAGCGACCUCCUCCUCACGGAGCUGGGCGCCCGCGGGCCCCAGGAGAGCAGGGUCGACCUAGCCCUCACCACCCACACGCCCGUCUCUUCCUCGCCGCGCUUCGACCUGGCCGACGCCCAGGCAAUGGGCUACAUCAGGGGUUCUCAGCAGCGCAAAUGCACCCUCUGCCUCGAGGAGAUGAAGGACCCGUCGGCGACCCAGUGCGGGCACGUCUUUUGCUGGGAGUGCAUAGGGGACUGGGUGAGGGAGAAGCCCGAGUGCCCUCUGUGCAGGAGGGAGGCCAUGGUGCAGCACAUUCUUCCCCUGAGGGUCAUGUAA